AUGGCUUCUUCUUCAAUUUCUUUUUUCACGCGCCUUGAAGACCUUGAUGUCGGUGUUGUGAAGACGUUCCACCCCACUGAUUCCGAUUUAGUGGGAAGCUAUCUCUACAACAGAAUCAAAUCUCCAACCCCAAUUGGAGGAAAACAAACAUUCCCUGAGAUUGAAAUAUAUGGCACCACAGGUUUACCCCCGUGGGAUAUCUGGAGAAUUUAUGAGCCUUGCAAAUUUCCACAUCAAGAUUAUAUCUAUUUCUUCUCCCCGGUCAAGAAGUUGGGUUCCCGCUGUUCUCGCAGAAUUGGUUCCGAUGGGGGCACCUGGAGCGAGACUGAAUCUGCUAAACCUGUCUAUGUCAGUGGAAUUGAAGAAGCUUAUGGGAAACUAAGGAAAUUUAGAUUCGAAAACAACAGAGACAAAGGCUGUGAACACCAUGCUGCUUGGUUGAUGGAUGAAUUCACCAUCAACCAAGCACCCGAUUUGGCUUUGUGCCGGCUCAAACUCAAUGAAAAAGGAGGAGGAAGAAAAAAGAGGAAGAAGAGUUCUGAUCAUGAGACUAAUGAGGAUGAGAAUCACAGAAAGACAAUGUCUUUCAAAAACCGAAAACUUGAACCGAAAAGAGUUCAAGUUCAAAACAACAUGUGUGAGCAACAAAAGGGAAGUGCCUCAUUUAGUAGUGCUAGCACGACACAGCAACUGCCCCCACAAUGUGAUGAUCGUGGUUACUGUGUGGAUGAGAACCUACUUUUCUCUCCAACCGGCUUGGUUGAUGAUUAUGAUGACAUUUUGGAUAGUGAUCAGUUUUUAGCUUCUCUUGAUCAAUGGUAUGAGGAACAACAACAACAGUUUUCGGAUUCUUCACUGCUAGUGCCGCAGCAACAAGUAGAACCCAACAACAGUUGUGUGGAACAACAACAGCAACAAGAUGAGCAGAAACUGCCGCCUUCUCCCUCUCUCGUUCACGAGCAGCAGCUCUGUGGUGGUUUUGAUCUGAUGGUUUAUGGUUGUCAGGACCUUGAUAUUGCACUCGAUACUCCCUACUUACAGUCUGACGAAUUUUAUGGAUUUGUUCAAGAUCAGCCUAAAGCACUGUAUCAGUAUUCUGACGUUUUGUAG